UUUUGCAACAAUGUUCCCUUCUAAACAAAUCGGUAGCGUGGAAAUCAUGACACAGCAGUCGGUGCGUUUGCAAGGGUGAUGUGCCAACGGCCGACGGGGGGCAUUUGUCCUCUCUGCAACCUGUUCGACCCCCUGAAGCUUAUGGGAUAGGAGAGUGUGUGCCCCCUUCCCGUCCCUGCGGUCCCACUGGAGUCAUUUGUGCCAAAGCUGAGCUGUGAGGGAGAAGAGAUGGGCAGCCCCGGCUGCGAGGUGGACGUCUCCCGGCCGGCCGAGCCGCCGGUGGAGCCCCUGUGUCCGGAGUGCGGGCAGAUCCACCGCGGCUGGGAGAACCACCUCUACAACUACCGGCUGGAGGUGGACGACGACCUGGUGUGCCACAUCUGCCUGCAGCCGCUGGUGCAGCCGCUGGACACGCCGUGCGGACACACCUUCUGCGCCCGCUGCCUGCGCAGCUUCCUGCAGGAGAGGGACUUCUGCCCGCUGGACCGGACCCGGCUGCAGCUGCAGGCCUGCCGCAGGUCCAGCAUCCUGGUGCACAAGCUGCUGGACAAACUGUCGGUGUCCUGCCCCCUGAGUCCCGUCUGCGCUCUCAGCAUGCCUCGAUGCGACCUGGAGGCGCACCUCAAACACAGGUGUCCUGGGACGCGGUGUCAGCAGACGAGCGUGGACGGGCCGCGGUGUGAGAGCGGGGAUGAGCGCGCCAUGGUGACCAGCCCCCCCAGGUCGCCGCUUUCUCCACAGACAGACCUGAGGGACUGUACGCCCUCGCCACAUUCUGGACCCAAUACCGCCUGUAGCAACGGACCUGUGUGGACAGACGACGCCGGCCUCGAUAACCCGGCCUUUGAAGAAAGCACCGAAGAAGACAGCGUGGUGGGGUUGGAGUGUGUUGUCCCCAGGGUAAAGCGGCCUCUCAGUAACCCUUGCAUCCAUCUUCUCCGCUCUGUUAGCUCCACCUCCUCUGGCUGGGACUGUCCCGAAUCUCCACCUCUGUCUGCAGAGGAAGGGUGUGUGAAGUUGCCCUCCCUUCCCGAAGGGGAGAUAACUGCCAUCGAGGUCCACCGAGCGAACCCCUACGUUGAGCUGGGGAUCAGCAUCGUUGGUGGAAAUGAGACGCCUCUCAUCAACAUUGUGAUUCAGGAAGUGUACAGAGACGGGGUCAUCGCACGAGAUGGAAGGCUCCUAGCGGGAGAUCAGAUUCUACAGGUGAACAAUGUGGACAUCAGCAACGUGCCGCACAGUUUUGCUCGCUCCACCUUGGCCCGCCCCUGCACCACCCUGCAGCUGACUGUGCUCAGGGAGCGCCGCUGUUCCUCUCGGGCCCCUCCGUCCUCCUCCUCCUCCACCCCGGCUGUGCCCCACGCGCCCUGCUCCACCCCCGAGGGCGCCCCGUCCAGCCCGGCCACGCUGAGAAUCACGCUGCACAAGCGAGACUCCAGCGAGCAGCUGGGCAUCAAGCUGGUGCGGCGGACGGACGAGUCGGGGGUGUUCGUUCUGGACCUCCUGGAGGGGGGCCUGGCAGCCAAGGACGGCAGGCUGCGGGGGAACGACCGCGUGUUGGCGGUCAACGAGCAGGACCUGCGGCACGGCACGCCCGAGCAGGCCGCCCAGAUCAUACAGGCCAGCGGAGAGAGAGUCCACCUGCUGAUUGGCCGACCCAGAAAACCCACUCCUCCCCCGCCACCAAAAUCAAGUUCCACCAGAGACCUCUACUGCCUUGACCACUUCCUGCCUAAUCACAGCUCUACUCCGAGUCCUGUGCCCGUCCACCUGUCCCGAACCAGCACCCACAGAGACCUGUCCCAGUGCGUGACCUGUAAGGAAAAACAUAUCACUGUGAAGAAAGAGCCCCACGAGUCUCUGGGGAUGACUGUGGCAGGAGGGCGGGGCAGUAAGAGUGGGGAGCUGCCCAUUUUUGUUACGAGCGUCCAGCCCCACGGCUGCUUGUCACGGGACGGGAGAAUCAAGAGAGGUGACGUCCUGCUGAGUAUCAACGGCGAGGACCUGACCUACCUGAGCCACAGCGAGGCUGUGGGCACCCUGAAGGCCAGCGCCGCCUCGCCCUCGGUUCAGCUGCGGGUGCUGGAGGUCAGCAUGCUGGAGGAGCACGAGCAGGACGAGCUGCUGCCCCACACCCACGACAGCGACUUCGAUGCCAACUGGUCCCCUUCGUGGGUCAUGUGGCUGGGCCUGCCCAGCUAUCUGCACAGCAGCCAUGAGAUCGUGCUGCGAAGGAGCCACCCCGGAAGCUGGGGCUUCAGCAUCGUCGGGGGUUACGAGGAGACUCACGGCAACCAGGCCUUCUUUAUCAAAACCAUCGUCCUUGGCACACCUGCGUACUAUGACGGCCGCCUGAAGUGUGGUGACAUGAUAGUGGCGGUUAAUGGCCUGUCGACGGCAGGAAUGAGCCACACAGCAUUGGUUCCCAUGCUGAAAGAGCAGCGCAGCCGGGUGGCUUUGACUGUGGUCUCCUGGCCAGGUAGCCUUGUGUAGCCAGGACAAAAAAUAAAAAAUAAAUCAGCAGGCUACACCCUCUGGAGUCCACGCAGAAUGUUCUAUAUUGGGAACAACCUUGGCCAAAGUGAACUGGUACAUGCUACUGUACAUCGCUCCAUACCGGGCUUAAUCCAGGACCAAAAGCAUUCAGAACUGUAGUAAACACAGCAGGAAUAAGCCCAUCCUGACCAGGCGGGAACUGAUCCAGAUUGUACCGCGUCACUCGACAGACUGCACCCACACAACACACUGCUGUGUUCAUAUGGUCAUGUCUUCACUCCCACCAGGAGAUUGAUACCGCAACCGAUAGCAGGCAAUCUGUGCUGUAUUCACCUUACGGGGCAGUUGCCGAAUCCAGGGUUAUAUUCAGGUGGUGGCAACGUCUGCAGGUAGAGAAUGUUUUUUUACAGGUGGUCUGAUUCUCAAAUCACUUUAAAAAUCAAGAUUGUCCUGCCACAGCGCUGCGUCCAUCUGAAUAAGCCACAGGCCUUAUUAGAAACCGGCUGCAUCCUGGGGGCUCAGCUGUCCUCAUCACCAUGACAACCAGCUGCCCCAUCAGCUGGCAUUUUAUACAUGUUUGAAUGUGUUUCGUUUAAUAAACAGAACAAAAAAA